AUGAUGCUGACCACCGUUCUUGCUGCUGCCUUGUUCCUCUUCUCCACAGCUGACAAGACGUGUUUCGACGUCUUGGGGACCCAGUAUGUCAACAGCCUCAUUCAAAAGCUGCAGAAACAUCCGCCUUCCAAAUGCAACUGCAGUACCAAUGUAACUGAUUGUUUGUGUCUUCCUGUCCCUUCUGACAACUGUACCAUGCCAUGCUUCCAAGAUGGACUGUCCCGGCUGACCAAUGUGACAACGGAGAGAAACCUCAACUUGAAUUUCAAUUGGGUGAAAAAAAGGGUUGAAGUCCUACAUAGGAAAAACUGCCAAACCUUUUCCUGUAAACAGCCAUGCACCCAAACCACAGAAGAUAACACCCUCGCAUUUCUAAAGCGUCUCCUGGAAACUUUCCAGAAAGAAAACAUUAGAAGCAGAGUAUGA